CAACCCCUAGUAACACCGUAAAAGAAGAAAAGAAAAACAUUAGAAGAAAGUACGUUAGCUACUACAGCCUGCUUUCUUUGGAUCCGUAAUUUAUUUUAAUUCUUCAAUCAAUUCAAUUGAAAAAAAGAGAGAGGAUGGAAGGAGACGAUGUAAACAUGGCAGCUGCCGAAUCCACUGAAACUGACCUGGAUGACAUGAAAAGAAGGUUAAAAGAGAUGGAGGAAGAAGCCGCUGCUCUUCGUGAGAUGCAAGCGAAGGUCGAGAAGGAGAUGGGUUCCGUACAAGAUCCUGCUGCUGCAGCUACAUCUCAGGCAAAUCGAGAGGAAGUAGAUUCCCGGUCAGUCUUUGUGGGCAAUGUGGAUUAUUCAUGUACACCUGAAGAAGUUCAACAGCAUUUCCAGUCUUGUGGGACUGUAAAUAGGGUUACUAUUCGUACUGACAAGUAUGGCCAGCCAAAGGGUUAUGCUUAUGUGGAGUUCCUUGAAGCUGAGGCUGUUCAAGAGGCUCUUGUUCUGAAUGAAUCCGAACUACAUGGCAGGCAAUUGAAGGUUACUGCUAAGCGGACCAAUAUACCUGGGAUGAAACAAUAUCGUCCACGUCGGUCCAACCCUUUUAUGCGACCUAGGGGUCCAUUUAUGGCUCCAUAUUUCUUUGCUCCUUAUGGAUAUGGGAAGGUUCCAAGGUUGAGAAUGGCAACACGUUACAGCCCCUACUUUUAAAUGCAUGGACCAUACUAGUAGUUCCAAAUACCUUUUGUAUCUGCUUCGCUGGAGUUAUAUUUUUGGAAGGAUUAUGAGGGGUUUGUUUCUUUUUCCAUUAAUUUGGUUGAUGUGCCAAAACUAUGCAAGAAUUGUGGUCUAGCUUUCUUGGUGAACUAUGCAACUCUGUUCCUUGGACUGCCAUGUUGCUUCACCUAAAUUAAUGUUUUUCAAUUAUGCUGAGCUGCUCUUUCUGCCA